UUUAUUGAAAUGAAUUUGACAAUUUAAAGUUUGAAAUAUUUAUUUUCUCACCCAACAUCCAUUUCCGCCACGUAAAAGAUGAAUUGAGACGUAUCCCUAAAAAACAGGGAAAAUCUACGCUGCUGGUGGCACCUCUAAGGCUACAAAGUUAAAAUUUUCUGCGGUUGGAAAUUAUAAGCAAUUCUGUGCGUGAUGCGGCGCUUCAAAUUGAUCACCGGAGUUGAAAUACCGUCGGUUGGGCUGGGCACGUAUCCAGCUGCAGCUCCACCUGGUUUUGUCGGCGACGCCGUCACUGCGGCAGUUAAGAUUGGAUACAGACACUUUGAUUGUGCUGCAAUUUAUGGCAAUGAGAAGGAGAUUGGUGAUGCUCUGAAAAAGUUGUUUGCUGAAGGUGUAGUUAAACGGGAGGACUUAUGGAUCACCUCCAAACUCUGGUGUACUGAUCACUUGCCAGAAGAUGUACCAAAGGCCUUAGACAGAACUUUGCAGGACUUGCAACUUGAUUAUGUGGAUCUAUAUCUAAUCCACUGGCCAGCUAGCAUGAAAAAGGAGUCAAAUGGGAAGCCUGAAGACCUUACUCAACCUGACAUACCUAGCACAUGGAAAGCAAUGGAGGCACUCUAUGAUUCUGGCAAGGCCCGAGCAAUUGGAGUGAGUAAUUUCUCCUCAAAGAAGCUUGGGGAUCUAUUAGAAAUUGCACGUGUGCCUCCAGCUGUAAAUCAGGUGGAAUGCCACCCAAUAUGGCAGCAACCAAAACUGCAUGCAUUCUGUAAAUCCAAGGGGGUUCACCUAUCUGGCUAUUCACCACUUGGCUCUACUACUAAGAAAAGUCGGGUUCUUGAAAAUCCAACUGUCAAUAUGGUUGCUCAGAAAUUGGGCAAGACUCCUGCACAAGUGGCUCUAUGUUGGGGGCUGCAAAUGGGUCACAGCGUUCUGCCUAAGAGCAUAAACGAGUCCAGGUUGAAGGAAAAUUUUGAUGUUUUUGGAUGGUGUAUACCAGAAGACUUAUUAGCCAAACUUUCUGAUAUUAAGCAGGAGCGGCUAACUAAAGGAAAUGAAUUUGUGCAUGAGAAAUUUGGUGCAUACAGGAGCCUUGAGGAAUUCUGGGAUGGUGAGAUAUAAACAGAGAUGAGACGUAUGAGAUAUUCGAGUUAAAAACCGAAAGAUAGAUGUUGGCCUCAGAGUCUCAAGAGUGUAUAAUGCAAUAAAAGAGCGUUUGAUCAGCAUCUAAGGUAGAAAGGAAUUGUACUUUUAGUGAUAAGGCUGAACUCAAAAGUGUAUUAUACUAUUGACUGUUAUUGGUAUUGUUACCGUUGUAAUGC